AGCUUUGAACUUGUGAAUGUGGGGUGUAUGAACCAUUCAAUGUGGCUCUUAGUUUACCGCGUUCUCGUUCGAAACACUCCCAAGUCCCAAAGGUUUAGAGAUGGGGAUUUGGCAAGAGGAUAUAUAAUACCUAGGAGUGUGGAUGAGGUGUCUAAACGUAGGGCGGUUAAUGAGCCGAGCCGAGUCGAAAUUUGUCUUAUUUAUGUUCGACUCGUUUAUAAACGAGCUCAGCUAGAGUCUGACUCGUUUAUAAACGAGCCGAGUUGAGUCGAACACGAGUCAACUCAUUUAUUAAAUCUUGACACAUCAUUAAGAUCGAAAGUACAGAUCGAGCUCAAUUCUGAGAUAAUUUAUAAUAUAAAUACCCUAAUAUUUAUUUCAUACGUGAUACAAGUGAUUACCUAUUGUUAUGCCAUAUAUGAGACGUAUUUGCUUACAUAUACUCAAUGUAUUAAACACCAUGUGAGGUGACACAUACAAUUUUUAAUAAUUAUAUGCAUCAUUAACAAACCAACUCAUAAAAUAUAGAUUGAUUUUCACAUAAGCUGUGGUCGAGUUGGCUCUCUAGUCACAAUGUUAGGACAUCUCAUAAGUUCAAAACGAGACAGUUCAUGAGUUGUAUUAAACGAGCCACCUAAUCGAGCUAGUUCACAAGCUUCACGAGUCGAACAAGGUAGAGCUUUUUUUUUUAAUCGAACGAGCUUUUAUCGAAUUCGAGACCGAGCCGCUCACGAAUAGCUCUUCUCAUUAACAACUUUUAUAUGAAUGAGUUACGGUGCCCACUAUUUGCAGCCCUAGUUGCAGCAAUAUCACUGGGCCUAUAAAUUAAUAUCGAUCCAGCAGCACAGUGAACAAGACUCAAUCACUGGACUUCGGGGCCCAUAUGAGUUUAGUUUUCUCAAGCGGCCCAAUUAGGUUGGGCUCCCUAUCUGACAUCAUGGUAAAAUUUUGGGAUGACACGUACACAAAUAUUGGGUCUGUUUUAUUAUCUCUAUGCAACUGUCAUUAAUUAACUCAGCAGUAGCACUCACUCUAAAGUCUAAAGUUCGAUGUUGCAUGUAAAAUAUAUUUGUGCAAAACGACAAAACAAGUUGUAGAGAGUAGGGCUGGAUUUCGGUUAGAUCGGUUAUAACCGAUAACCGAAAUGUCGGUUACCGGUUAACCGCGACGCCAGCCUUGUCUACCGCCAACCGCCCUACGGAAGCCAUCGGUUAGUCGGUAACCGACCGGUCGGUUAUCGGUUAGUUGCUCGGUUAAUCGUGGUAACUGACCAGACGGGUAUUCGGAGAAGAAGGAAAAGAAAAAGAAGGAGAAGAAGAAGAAGAAAGCUGCGGAGAUGGGGAGCGAGGGUGAGGAGAGGAGGCUGAUUUUCUGAUUCACUGGUAACCAAAUCUUCCUUUUCAAACUCCCCCACCGCCGACAAAACUUCAUACACCCAAAUCAUCCGCCUUUUCCCCAUCUCCUCUGAUUCCCUCCGCUGCCGCUGCCGCCAAAAUUGACGAAUCUCCGAUUAACAAUCUCCCCCCAGAGACGCUCCACCAGAUCUUCUCCUCCCUCACCCUCCGCGAAAUCGUCGCCUGCCGAUCCGUCUGCUCUGCCCUCCCCUCCCAUGUCGGGAGCUUCAUCAUCUCACCGGUUCCAGCAACGUCCAUGCUUCUUCUUCUCUGGCCGGGGGGAAGGGCUUCGAAUCAAAAGGGGAAGCGAGGAAUCAGAGAUUCGUGGUUCGAGGGAAGGAGAAUUCGAAGGUGAACGGGGUGGAUUUCGACAGCGACGAGAAUAAUGGGAACGGGAACGGCGAGGAGGGAGAAGAGGAUUCGUUUGAUUGGGAGGGAGAAUGGGGCAGGCGCGGCGGCAGGGAGAGUGAGGGCGGCGCGGCGGCGGCAGGAGACUGCUGUGGGAGGAUUCCGCUGUGCUGCACUGCUGCCGACUGUGGAAGGCGAAGGAGGGCUGGCGGAUUCGCGAUGGUUAGGGUUAGGAGGAGACACACACAUCACACAUACGGCGGCGUUUUGGGGAGGGUGAGGAUGCAUCGGUUAGUCGGUUUAACCGGCGGUUAUUUACGUCGGUUAGCCGGUUAACCGGCCUUCCCAACCCUUCUACCGCCAACCGAUAACCGAAUGGCCAGCCCUAAUAGAGAGUGAUAUAAAUUGUAAUAAAUUAUUAUAAUACUACGUAAGGUAAAUUGGUUACAUGUUUUGUUGCAACAUAAAAGUGUUGACCCAUAUGAGUUGCUUCUUCAACUGGGUAAACUUCUUUAUUUCUUUUUUUUUUUUUUCUCUCUUUGGAAAAAAUAAGAUAUAUCCUUAUGUAAAGCUAGAAUUUGACCAAAUUAUAUUGGUCCAUAUACAUACUAGGAUACGUUUAUUUUCGUGCAAAAAGAAAAGAAAAAAGUUUUCCUAAUUUAAAAGUUCUUGUAGCCAAGCCGCGUAGACUACAGCCAGUCAAAACUCAAAAGGAUGGGUUCCUGAUUCCAUUUAUGAGUAGUCACUAAACUUCAACGAUACUAGCAAAUAGAUCAUUGAACUUUCUUUUUAAUGAUUUUGUCACUCAAAGUAGAGCCUAACGUGAUUGUCACUUUCUUUACCUACUUCAAGUUUUUUUUGUCUCGAUCGUUCAGCUGGUUUCAAUGAGUUGAGUUGUAGGUAGAAAUUUGACAUAGAGUAAUGUCACUCAUUUACCCACAUUUACAAGCCAAAGGCAAGCGCAACGACUGAGGUAGGGGGUUUAGCCUCUAUCACAAGACACGGGUAAAUAUUUGGUAAGAAAUAAUAAAUCCCCAUUUAUGUUUAUACAAAGGAUUUAACUCACCAUUUUAAGGUGACAUAAGGUGUAGGGUGUCUGGUCGAUGAAACAAGAAACUCAAUUCUUGUCAUAUAUGUUAAAUACUUAUUUAUAUUUUUACAUUUUUUGAAAAUAUGACAGAUCUAUUUUUCAUAUUUUAACUCCGUCACUGGCAAUCACACUUGAUCCUUGUAUAGACUCAUCAUCGUACCUUCACACUUUGUGCACCAAUCAAGCAUUAACAUUUGUUGUUAUUAGGACUCGACGACCAAAGGUUUCAAUAUCAUGUAAAAAAUCAACUUAUGCUACUUAACUAAGUAAGAAAGUAACUAAAAAAAUGUUUAUCUCCUAUUGAUGGUCCAUUUGAAAUCAAACUCAACCUGGACCAAACCAUUCUUCAAGUAUGGUUUAAAAUAAUACCAAUGAAACCCAUUUCGUACU